CUGCUGCUCUCCCCGAUCCGCUCCUUCACCUGUUUCCUGCCGCCGAACCGACGGAAGCACCGACUCACACCGGGACGUUCAGCUCAGCGGCUCCGAAGCGCCGCUAACCCGAACCCUCCCAGAACCCUCCCGAACCCUCCCAGAACCCUCCCCGAACCCUCUCGCUCACCUGCCGCCAUGACCGCGGGACGCUCCGGACGCUGAACUCUGGUGGAUCACGAAGCAGAACCAACACCGUCUCUUAUGGAUUCACUGGACUCAGGACAGAAGUUCAGUCCGACGCAGGACCAUGACUGGGACGCGGCGCUGCAGUUCCUCCCAGCCUCGGACUCCCGGCAGCUGGAGAAGAAGCCGGGCUGCAGGAAGAAGCUGUGGAUGGGAAUCGGGCUGCUGCUGGCUGCUGCCGCCCUCGCUCUGCUAACCGGACUGCUGGUUUGGCAUUUUCACCUGCGUAAUGACGUCAGAGUGAAGCGCUUCUACAUCGGCUCGAUGGGAAUCAGCAACCAGCGCUUCCUGCCGGCCCACGAAGAUCCCAGCAGCCCUCAGUUCACCGACCUGGCCGCUCGGGUCAGACAGCAGCUGAAGCUGAUUUAUUCCAGAAACUCGGUUCUCGCCAAAUACUUCAAAGGCUCCACUGUUCAGGCCUUCAGCGAGGGCGACGGCGGCGGCGAUAGCGUCGUGGCGUACUACCAGUCGGAGUUCGAUGUUCCCGUCCCUCAGCAGGACUCGCUGGACGAAGCCGUCGAGUCUCUGGAGCCACCGGCUGAAAGUCCUCAGGGCCGACAGGGACGGGUGCUGCUGAGGCCCAAAGAAGUUCUGGACGUCAACAGCGUCGUCUCUCGAGUGAUCGAUCCUCGCAUGACCAGGACCUCAUUAUUUGUGAGGAAGCCCUUCGACGUCCACGUCCGUGAGGAGGCCUUCCUCCAGUCGCCCGGCUUCCCCGACUCUUCCUACCCUCCCAACGUCUACCUGCAGUGGAGGCUUCGGGCCGAUCCGGGCCACCGAGUCCGGCUCAACUUCCACACUCUGAUCCUGGAGGACGACUGUCAUCAAGACUUCAUCAAACUCUACGACUCGCUGGUUCCCAUCGAGCAACGGGCGCUGACGGAGCAGUGUGGAUAUCCUCACGACUCUCUGUCCUUCUUGUCCUCUGGAAACGUCAUGUUGCUGACGUUGGUCACCAGCGAGGACAAGAACUUCCCUGGAUUCAGAGCCUUCUACUCCCAGAUCCCCGCCACCGAACUCAACUGUGGAGGCAAACUGACAGCAGAUGAAGGUUCCUUCUCUUCUCCGUUCUUUCCCUCCAACUACCCUCCACGGACCUCAUGUGUCUGGAACAUCGAGGCCUCGAAGGACAAGUUCGUAAAGGUUCAGUUCAACAAGUUCUCUUUGGGGAACCAGAGCAGCCAGUGUCCCAACGACUACGUGGACGUCAACGGUCAGAGAUUGUGUGGCAGAAAGUCAGAAAGCACAGUGAUCACCAGCAAAAGCAACAAGAUGACCAUCAGGUUUAACUCGGACUCGUCCUACGUCAGCCAGGGCUUCAGCGCCGAGUACGAAGCCUUUGUCCCGACCAACCCUUGUCCGGGAAGGUUCCAGUGCAGCAGCAACCUGUGCAUCAACAAGACUCUGCAGUGCGACGGCUGGAGCGACUGCGGGGACGACAGCGACGAGCUCAACUGCAAGUGCGAGGCGUCGCAGAUGAAAUGUAAAAACGGCCGCUGUAAGCCGAAGUUGUGGGAAUGUGACGGGAAAGAUGACUGCGGGGACAACUCUGACGAAGAAGACUGCGUGAGAUGCAGAGGAGGAGAGUUCUCCUGCAGAAACAGACGCUGUGUCCCGGAGAAGCUGGUGUGCAACGGAAAGGAUGAUUGUGGCGACGGGUCCGAUGAGUCCAAAUGUGAAAAAUCUCUGGUGCUGCAGCAGUGUUCUGAGUUCACCUUCCGCUGCAGCGACGGGCGCUGCAUCAGCAAACUGAACCCCGAGUGUGACGGAGACCCAGACUGUGAGGACGGAUCGGACGAAGCCGACUGUCGAUGUGGGAUGAGGCCUUACCGGAGCUCCCGCAUCGUGGGCGGUCAGGUGUCUCGGGAGGGCGAGUGGCCGUGGCAGGUCAGCCUCCACAUCCGGGGGAAGGGGCACGUGUGCGGCGGGUCGGUUCUGAACAACCGCUGGGUCCUGACCGCCGCCCACUGCGUCCAGGACAACGAACUGAACAAGUACUCUCAGGCCGACCAGUGGGAGGCGCUGCUGGGGCUGCACGUACAGAGCCUGACCAACGAGUGGACGGUGAGGAGGAACGUGAGGCGGAUCAUCGCCCACCGCGGCUACAACUCUGUCACGUUCGACAACGACAUCGCCCUGAUGGAGCUGGACGCCAACGUCACCCUCAACCAGAACAUCUUCCCCAUCUGCCUGCCGGCCGCCUCCUACGAGUUCCCUGCAGGCCAGGAGGCCUGGAUCACCGGCUGGGGGGUCACCAGGGAGGGAGGUGUGCCGGCGACCAUCCUGCAGAAGGCUGCGGUUCGGAUCAUCAACGGCACCGUUUGUAAGAAUCUGAUGAACGACGAAGUGACCGACAACAUGAUGUGUGCCGGAGUCCUGAAGGGAGGAACCGACGCCUGCCAGGGCGACUCCGGCGGGCCGCUGUCCGUCACCGGCGCCAGUGGGCGGGUCGUCCUGGCCGGCGUGGUCAGCUGGGGCGAAGGCUGCGGGCUCAGGAACAAACCCGGCAUCUACACCCGAGUCACCAAAUACCGGCGCUGGAUCAAGGACAACAGCGGAGUGUAGCUGCUGGAAGGUUUGCUGGUGUUCCUCAUGGACAUCAUGAUGAACCAUCUGGUCAGUUUGACUUCAAGUCAUUUUGGUUCCUGACAAAACAGUUUAAAGGAACGACUCCAUUAACAGACACACAAACCAUCAUUCUCAUCAGAGUAUGGUGACUAAGUCAGGACCUGUAUGGAUUAAACACUGCACAUGGUUUGGUUUUUUGACAGUGAAUCUGAUCUUUUGGUGUCAGUAGUAAAAGAUGAAAAACAAGGUUGUGAUCUUUAGAUAAGCGUGUCAGUGAUAGUGUUGGAAGCAGGGAUAUCUUCAGGAUGACUAAUUGUAAACUGUUGUGUGAUGAAGUUUCACCUUAAAGUGUGUAAAUGUUGGUGUUAAAAAUAUUCUCAGGGCUAAAAGGGGAAUUCUUCAGUUUCUCCAUAACUGUAGUCGGCUGGUGAAGGUUUACUUCAGGGCUUCACUGUUGAUUCUCAUCACAUCAUUUCUUUCAACACGUUUAGAUGAACAGUUUUUAAAUAAAGGCUCUAAGAGUCGACUUUCAGAAUUUCCAAAUGUUCAUAAAAUGGGCUCUUUGAAAAAAAAAAAAAACUGUCCAAAAAUGCUUUAAAAUGUUUUGUUUUUGCUCAAAGUUUCCCAAACUAAAGAUAUUUUAUUUUUUUAUUGUCAAAAUUAUGAGAAACUCUGAAAAAUGAAAUUGAAUUACUGUGUUGGUGACGACAAACAAAUCUUUUGUAUUUAAAGUAAACUAGCUAGCAGACUGUAAACAGGUGGCGUUGCUGUGACGACACCGAGGGACGAACUUUCAGCCAAAUGAUGAACAAAUCUACCGAACUCAGUUCUCCAUGUGUGAAUAACAGGAUCCAGGAAUGUAACCUGGAGAAAUGAAUGUCUAAACUCCUUGAAGGUGUCAAAAACACUGUCAAGUUCCAUGAAACCUUUAUUGAGGAGUUCCUCAGGGAACCAUGCUGGGUCCUCAGGAGAUUCUUUAAAUCUGAGGGUUCCUGCUGCUUUGUUACCAUGUUGUUGAUAUUCAACAGAAAAUAGAACAACAACAUUUUAAAACCCCUGAAUGUUUACUGGCUGCUCUCAGAUGGUGUCUUUACAGUAGAAAACAGAUAGAGGGCGCCUCUCUUCAAAAUCAAUGAAACAAAACUGUUAAAAGAUCUUUUUAACCGAAAUAGUAAAUCAGAUAAAUGUUGGUUUAGAAUAGCCAAUAAUCAGUAGUUAGUAAAAUGGAUCAGUCGUAGAAAUCAAAUCAGAUCUUUUUGUUUUUUCCGCUCAUUUCCGUCUUAUUCUCUUUGUUUGAGCAACUUCACCUUAAAGCAGCUGUUUCUGUUACAGUUCUUGUUUUUUAUUCAUGUGUUGCAUGUUUGUGGUGACGAAUGUUCUGCUGAUUGUAUUUAUAUGUCCAGUGUUUCCUCAUUUCUGUGACUGCUGGUUUUGUCUGUGCUCGGCUGUAGCUUCAAUGUGGGUCGCAGCAGGAUCGUGAAUAAUUUAAAAGAUGUAAUGAUAUCAGAGGAUGACACUCAGUUGAAGAAUGAAGUAUGUGUUCAGAUUAAACUGGGUCGUCGGCCUGAGAGCUUCUACUUUAGUUUUUCUGAGGUUAAUUUAAAGUCAUUUUAAGCUUUUAAGGACUCAUUUUUUUCUCUGGGUGAAACUGGCGAACGCUAAAGUGGCAAUAACUUAAAUGAAGGCUAAUUAUGAUACAGCACACAAAUGUACCAAUUACUGUUUUUAUUGCUGUUGAAUGUUUUCUUUUUGGGACCAACUCAAUUAAAAAUACAAACAACACAAACAUUAA